UGACUUGUGGAGCGUCAGGGGAAGGAAUCUGACGCACGGCAGUGCUGCAUUCGCCGCUCACGACGCUGCGGAUGGAGGAGUUGCCCGAACAUUUAGACGAACACGGGCGAUAUUCCUCGCCGUGUCUCUUGGUUGACGAGAAUUGGCCGAAGAACAUUCAUCCACCAAAAUGACUGGCAUGGGUCCUGCCAAGAUAUUGCCAAAUGCCAAGGCCUGAAUGGUGUGUCACCAAGCUUGUUGAGCAAGAUCCGCAGUGGCACGUCGUAGCGACGCUCCAUUGAAAGAGUGAGUGAUAGAGUAAGCGAGAUGGGCAUUUUGAAUUUCACAUUAUGCAGCGAUCUGGGCCUUGGGACCCAGCCCGACGGGCCACCCGGUUCAUAGAAUCCAAAUGGUAAAAUAUACUCACAUGGCCUGACUGUGAAUCUUUCUCCCGUCAGAAAUGUCCACCAAUUGCAAAGAACAAACAAAGUCCCUUCUGCUGAGCGAGAGAUGGAUAAUCAGAAAAAGGUUUUGAUGCUGACCAACUCCGAGUUGGGACAGGCAAAUGUCUUUCUUGCGGUCGCUCAUGAGCUAUUACAGCUCGACUCACGUGUUCAGGUUGAUAUUUGCUCCUUUGCGCCAUUGGCAAAUCACGUCUCGUCGAUAACUCAGCCUGGCACCGGCAAUGGAGGCAACGGCAGAGUCAGUUUCAUCCAGUUAUCAGGCCCGUCUUGGAAAGAGGCACUUUUCGGUCGCCCAGAUCACCAGUUUCAAGAGCUGUGCGAUAUACGGCCGACAGUCUGGAACGUUGCAAAGGCCACCAAGCUGACCCGCAUUGGUUGCCCCUGGACGCCGGAGGAGGCCUGCGACACGGUCAAACAGCUGGAACAGAUAAUCACGGACACAAAGCCAGACUUGAUUGUCGUCGACAACGCCUUUCCUCCGGCAGUGACAAUCUGUUACAAGCUCAAGCCAAACUGGGUCGUACUGUCUCCCAACACUUACAAGGAGUUUGCGCUGGCCAAACAGCCGAAUCAGCAAUACUACUGGAAAUACCCGCCACCGAGAUCUACUAUUCCGUUCCCAGUGCCAUGGUAUCAGAUACCCUUGGUGUACUACAUGGUCCGAAAGAUGUUCCUGAACGAUUCCGAUACCUGGAUGCUCCAACAUGUCCAGAAGAUGAAAGAGACUAUCGAUACCGACUAUGCAGACUGGGCGUACAUAUCCAUUGUCCCCCCAGAAGGCUUAAAGAUCCUUCUUGCGGCCCGCCCAGAGAUCGACUUUCCGUUCGAUGUUAUGCCCAAGCACAUGAUUCCGUGCGGUCCGAUAUUGAAGCCUACUCAAGCAAUUGGCGAUGCGGACCCGGAUCUCGCGAAGUGGCUAGCCAGGCGCCCUACCGUUUUCGUGAAUUUGGGCACUCAUGCAUCCGUGACAGAGAAGAAGGCUGUCGAGAUGGCGAAGGCCUUGAGGCACCUCCUCCAAAGAGCAGAAAAGAGACACACACAGUUACAGGUUCUCUGGAAGCUUCAUCGACGCGGUGACUAUGAGCUGUCAAGCUUGUCUGAUGUGUUAGGGGAGAAGUGGUUGGAGCAUGUCCGCAUAACUGACUGGCUUGACGUUGAGCCCACGGCCGUCCUGGAAUCUGGGUACAUCGCCUGCUCCGUGAAUCAUGGAGGAGCAAACUCUUUCUUCGAGGCUAUUAGUGCCGGAGUACCUCAGGUAAUUCUGCCUGUUUGGGGUGACACCUACGACUUUGCGAAGCGCGCGGAGUGGCUCGGCAUCGGCAAGUUUGGUAACCCUCGACAUGCACCGGACGUUGAUGCUAGGGAGCUUGGGCGUAACUUGGAGAAAGUACUGUUUGGCCCUCGGGCACAGGGAAUAAAGGAAAAGGCACAGCGCCUGGCAGAUCUUUGUCGCGAUGGUGGUGGUGGACGACGCAUCGCAGCUGAGCAUAUUUUACAGAUGCUUUAGAAGCGAAAUUAGGGUUUGUAGUCUUGGAACUGGUCUUCAGCAUAAAUGUCCUCGAUACUGUCAGUGGCACCGCAAGGUUGGACAACUUGGUAGCACACCAAUCCGCGCGAGAUUAAGAAGGGCACCACAUGGCCAUGUACUAC